AUGGCCAGCUCCGCACGGAGGAUGUCUAUCCAGCCUCGCACCUUUCCGAGUGACGGCUUCGCCGCCCUCCCGAAGCAUGAGAAGUUCGAGGAGGAGAGACUCGUUGGCUACAAAGCCGAAAAGUUCUAUCCCGUCCGACUGGGCGAGGUCUUCCAGUCGAGGUACCAGGCCGUCGCAAAGUUGGGCUUUGGCACGGCCUCUACCGUCUGGCUCUGCCGGGAUCUGCAUGAAAACGCCCUGGUCACUCUCAAGGUCCGCAUCGUCGGAGAAGAUGAUACCCAGGAAUUGGCCAUUUCUCACUAUAUCAAGUCUAUUGACGCGGAGCACCACCCUGCCAAGGAACGGCUGCGCGUGUCGCUGGACGACUUCCGUAUCAGAGGUCCUUAUGGAUUUCACCAAUGUCUGGUUUUCGAGACACUAGGCGUUACCUUGACCAAUUUAAGAGAUUUGUUCGAGAACAGGGCUCUUGAAAAGACCCUCUUGCAGAAAUUUUUGUACAUGAUCGUGACGGGUCUAGACUUCUUGCACCAGGCGGGGGUAGUGCACACAGACCUAUCGCCCAACAACAUCCUAGUCGGGGCCGACGCUAUUGCGACGUCUAAAGUCGAGCAGGCCGAACUGGCCAACCCAUCACCGCGAAAGGUUUUGGCGGAUCGCACCAUCCAUCUUUCUUAUACCAUGCCAACGACCUACAAUCCGCCGGUUAUUACCGAUUUCGGCGCUGCUCGCUUGGGGGAUCCAGGCCGACCAUCUCGGCCAAAUCUUCGCAAAUCGGAUGGUCAUUUCCAAGACACAGCUUCUGGAUCGCCAACGUCUUCGUAG